UCCUUCGACAUUCUCCCCAGUCAGUGGGUUAAAGCACAUUAGCCUGGUCAAGCUGCCGAGCAGCCGCGUCAGGGUCCCUUCCCCGGGGCCCCGCCCUGGUCGACCCCACCUUUCCGCGCCGCUCCGCCCCGCCGCCCCCUUCCCGGUGGCCCCUCCCCGCGCAGGUCCCGACUCCAGCCGCACCUCCUCCGACUCUGCAGUGGCGGCGGGGAGGCGAGCCGGAGCGCCAGCGGGCCAGGGCCGGAGCCGAGCCGGGGUCGGGGCAACGGCAGGGACCCUCGGAGGCGGGGCCAGUGGGACCGCGAUGGGCGUGGAGAUCGAGACCAUCUCCCCGGGAGACGGAAGGACAUUCCCCAAGAAGGGCCAGACGUGUGUGGUGCACUACACAGGAAUGCUCCAAAAUGGGAAGAAAUUUGAUUCCUCCAGAGACAGAAACAAACCUUUCAAGUUCAGAAUCGGCAAACAGGAAGUCAUCAAAGGUUUUGAAGAGGGUGCAGCCCAGCUGGGUCCUCUUUCUCCUCUCCCCAUCUGCCCCCAUCCCUGCUAGAUGAGCUUGGGGCAGAGGGCGAAGCUGACCUGCACCCCUGAUGUGGCGUAUGGAGCCACGGGCCACCCUGGUGUCAUCCCUCCCAAUGCCACCCUCAUCUUUGACGUGGAGCUGCUCAACUUAGAGUGAAGGCAGGAAGGAACGCAAGGUGGCUGGAGAUGGCUGCUGCUCACCCUCCUUAGCCUGCUCUGCCACUGGGACGGCUCCUCCUGCUUGGGGCUCUUGAUCAGUGCGCUAACCUCACGGCCCCACGGCAUUAUCCAUUCUCUCUGCCCAAGUUGCUCUGUAUGUGUUCUGUCAUUGUUCACGUGCAUCUUUGCUUGAGGAAACUUUGGUUGCAGAUUGAAAUGUUUCAGGUUGUGCAUUUUGCGUGAUGCAUGUAGUAGCCAUUCCUGAUCACAGAACAGAUUUUGUGUCCGCACAAUCUACACUGCCUUACCUUUACUUAAGCCAGACACACAAGGUGCUCAGACAUGAGAUGUACAUGAUGUACACAGAGGGACUUGAGCCAGUUACCUUUGCUGUCACUUUCUUUCUUGGAAAUUCUGCUGACUUAAACAAUGUCCUCUUUGGAAACGAUAUGUAAAAUAAAAGCUCUGUGCUUGUCAAA